AUGUCCGACGACGACUGGGAUGUUGACGAGACCGUUGCCUCGGGCACCUCGACCCCUGCCCCCGUGGCCCUCCCCAAGCCUACUGCCAACAAGUGGGCCGGUGAGGACGAGGAUGACUGGGAUGUCUCGGACAAGGAGGAGGCCAAGCCCGCGGCCAAGCCCAAGACUGUGACCGCUGCUCCCAUCAAGAAGAAGAUGACCCUCAAGCAGAAGCUCGCUGAGAAGGAGCGUCUUGCUGCCGAGCCGCGCGACGCCGGUGACGACCUUAUGGACGAGCGUACCGAGCAGGACAGGAGGCGAGAGGCCCGCGAGAGGGAGCUCGCUGCCGACCUUGCCGUCGCCUCGGACCUCAUGGGUGACGUUGAACUUGACUCUGGCGCGGCCCUCAAGGCUGCUCUUACGGCCAAGCCUACCACCAAGUCCGACUUUGCCGAGCUCUCGAAGAACAUCAUCGCCGCUAUUACUUCCAAGCACGAGGCUAACCCCCUCUAUGCCGCCUUUGUGGAGCAGUUUGGCAAGGAUCUCUGCGAGAACCUCACUGCCGUUCAGACCCGCAAGGUCUCGAGCGCUCUCAGCGUCCUCGGCAACACCAAGCAGCAGGAGGAGCGUGACAAGGCUAGCGGCAAGAAGAAGGGUGGUGCUGCUAAGCCCAAGCUCGGUGGUGCCAAGACCAUCACCAAGAUUGACGUUGAGGCUUACGACGACGUCCUCUCGGACGACGACUUCAUGUAA